UCUAAGCCAUUGAUGUGGUGCAUCGACAUGCGGUGUUAGGUGGUAUUCUAAGUAAGCAUUGUGCUACAACGACAUGCGGUGUUGGGUGGUUUUCUAAGUCAGUAUUGUGCUACAACGACAUUAGGUGCUAAGUGGUUUUCGAAGUCAGUAUUGUGCUGCAACGACAUUCAUGUUAGUUGUUAUUCUAAGUCAGCAUUGUGCUACAAAGACAUGCGGUGUUAGUUGGUAUUCUAAGUCAGCAUUGUGCUACAACGACAUGCGGUGUUAGGUGGUAUUCUAAGUCAGUAUUGUGCUACAACGACAUUAGGUGCUAGGUGGUUUUCUAAGUCAGUAUUGUGCUACAACGACAUUCGGUGUGAGUUGGUAUUCUAAGUCAGCAUUGUGCUACAACGACAUGCGGUGUUAGUUGGUAUUCUAAGUCAGCAUUGUGCUACAAUGACAUGCGGUGUUAGUUGGUAUUAUAAGCAAGUAUUCUGCUACAACAACAUGCGGUGUAAGUUGGUAUUCUAAGCCAGUAUUCUGCUACAACAAUAUGCAGUGUAAGUUGGUAUUCUAAGCCAGUAUUCUGCUUCAACGACAUGCGUUGUUAGGUGGUAUUCUAAGCCAGCAUUGUUCUACAAUCACGAUCUCAGGAUUGGUCUUGUAUAUGUCGAACUUGCAGAUGAGUCGUAAGCGUCGUAUGGGUGAAUAUUAAAGUAACACUUCUCGAGAAUGUUCUUAAUAACAUUGAUUGCCAUAAACGUUCCCGCGUAAAAUAGGAAAUGUUCAUCCACAAUUACGUUUCAAAAAUUCCACUUUCUUUUCUUUCCACUUUCUUCCAUUAUAUUCCUAUUUACUUCGUUAGGGUAGUAUAACUAUCCUACAGUUAACGUACAACCAGAAAAAUAACAGAUAAUCUACCUUCCAUGGUGUCAUUAAUACACAAUACUUUGGAGUUCUUAUACAUGAAGGGCUUUACAAAAAUUAAUGAAAAGACUCGUAUUGUUCCCAGCUUUGAAUGUUCCUUCGAACUUCACGUGUAUCACUUCUAAGAGUCGGCCUGGGGCGAGUAUUGACUGGUUUGAAAACGGACACAACAUCACGAAUAACGCCAACUAUGUCUACAGCUCUGAUGUCACAUCUAGUAUUUUGACAUUUACGCCGAACGCGGAAAACACAAGGAAUUUAACAUGUAUUGCUAAUUACCUGUACAAAACUACCCAUAUAGAGUUGAGAAAUACUUCUAUACUUACCAUACAGUGUAACGUGAGCCGACCUUGUGAUUCGAACGUAGAAUGGCAGUACCCACAGUACAACUGCCUAAGAGCUGAUGUUAUCAAUGCUGUUAACCAGACAUAUUUGUUGACUGGAAACGUUACAUCUGGCGAGGUUAUCAACGCUUUGUCCGAGGUUGCAAACGUUACAGAAUAUAAAGAAAAUCGGACAUCGUCAGAGCUGCUCAAUACCACAGAAAUAUCAGCUUUAACAGACGCUUUGCGCUUAGUUGCAGGCCUUGUCAGUCGCCAGGGAAUAGCAACGUAUGAUGUUGCCAAGGUAUUUCUGAAAUCGGCAAGCAAUAUCUUAGAUAUGGAAAACAAAGAAACAUGGUUAUCGUUGAAACAAGAGAACAAAAACACUAGUGAAACACUGUUAUCUUCAAUCGAUGAAAUUGGUUCUGGGCUGCGUAAGAGGAUAUCAGCUGGAGUUAUUGGCAACGUUGUUGUUGUUAAUAAGAAUUGCGUGUUCGAGGUUAGAAAAUUGACUGAUGGGAUCGUACAAUUUCCCGACAAUCAAACCAUUCAAAACGACGCACAAGGUGACAAUACAUGGAUUCGUCAGUCAAAGAGUCGCAUAUCUUUAAACACAACGGCAUUAGGUGAAGUUGUUACGAUAGUUAUCUACAAAGACAUGACUGGCAUAAUAUCUUCUAGAACUUCAAGCAACCGGUCAUCGCACAAUGCAGUCAUAGUUAACGGCCCUAUCAUUUCGGUUUCGAUUUCCGAUAACUCUACCAAAUUGGUCUCACCGAUUAAUAUGACCUUUGAACAUGGACAGAAAAACUUUACCAAUGCAACAUGCAACUUCUGGAGGUUUAGGCCUGAGCAGCUGGGCUAUUGGGACAAUGACGGAUGUAAAGUUCAAACUUCAAAUGACACGAUUACUGUGUGUGAAUGUUACCACCUCACAAACUUCGCUGUCCUGAUGAGUCCUUUUGUUGAGGCAGAUGAAAAGUCCAGAGAGAUACGAAUUGUUUCGAUUGUUGGCAUUUCAGUAUCUGCACUGUGCCUACUUCUGACGAUUAUUGUUUUUGCAAGGCUUUGGAGAUACGUUCGGAGUGACAGAUCCAUUUUGUUGCUGAAUCUCAUCACUGCGCUUAUAAUCUCGUACGGGAUCUUCAUUGGAGGAAUCGACCGUACGGAAAAUAAGAUUGUGUGUACGGUAGUUGCGGCUGCGUUGCACUACAUCUAUAGCGCCGUCUUUUGCCUCAUGCUUGCAGAAAGCAUUGGUAUUCUGAGUGACGUUAUUCUAGUUUUUGCACAAAAUUCACCACUCCGCAAGCUGUUAGUGUUUGCAUGGGGUGUUCCUGUUAUCAUAGUUGGAAGUACACUUUCAAUAACAAAAACAAAUGGAUAUGGCGACGAUCAUUACUGCUGGCUGUCUCUAUCUCGUGGACUCAGAUGGGCAUUUGUUGGUCCAGCCUUGUUCGUAAUACUGUUCAACAGCAUUAUUUUGAUUAUAUUGUUUAAGAAAAUGUUUGCUCUAAAAGCAAUGGGAGACAAGCCAAUUAAAGACAAGAUCAAGACAACUCUUUGGUCUCUUUGCGUGCUCGUGCCUCUGAUGGGCAUCUCCUGGAAUCUCGGCAUCUUCUACGUCAACGAGUCGGCCUCAUUCAUGCAGUAUGUGUUCGCAGUAUGCAACGGGCUGCAGGGCGUUUAUAUCUUCAUAUGCAACUGCGUGUUAAAUGAAAAGGUUAAAGAUGGCUUCAAGAGGGAGAAAAUAAGGCGCAAAAACAAAUCGAUGACGAGUUCGUUAUGACAGAAUCUGCAUAACGUGUCGAAAGAAUCGACCGGUGAACGACGUCAUUGCGAUUAAGACAACACUGAAUCCGAUCCAUUCGUGUGUUAUGUGCAUAAAUUUCGGUUCGAACAUUCAAAAUGAACGUAUUACCAAACUAGGAGUAUCCGGCAUUCAAUGGAUUAGGAGCAACAAGCAACGUGUAAAUUUGAUUAAUUCACAUGACUGAUCUUGACGAUAACACAAAUGAUAUGAAGGGUGUGUAAUAGAAGUGUUCCAUUUUAUGUUUUAUUCAUAUAUUCAGUAUUCAAUUAUUCAUGAGCAUGUUAAGGUUUUCGAAGGUUUUUUAACCAUUCUAGAGAAAAACAAUCAGACUUAUUCCGACCACAAAACAAAAUACUAUGUACGUAAAAUAACUCAAAAUAAUGAACAUGUAUUGUGUACAAUAUUUAAUCAAAUCGUAAUGUAUAAUCAGAAAUAACUACUAUUAUUACUAGUAAUAAAGUUAUGUUUUUUAUGUGUGUGCUUCAUUGUUUGGAUUCGGAAACAUCCUGUAUCGUUUAACUUGAUGUCGAAACAAAUGAUAACGGAGUAUGUGGUAUCAACUGGUUGACAAUUUAAACUCAAAAUGUAAUGGUAAAAAAAAUAACAGCUCUGUAUAAGAUAUGUAUACAUCUUGUUUAAAUCUCGUUUGGAUAUGAGGAAUGUUUAGCUUUGCUUCCUAGACGUGUGCGCCUGUUUUUGUAAGAUACAGAGUCUAUGCACAAAAAUUGAGAAUCCAAACUAGCAGAUAUGAUCAGAAUAAUAUUACUUAUAUGUUGAAAUGACGUUGAUUUAGAAUCAAUCAAUAAAAAUUGACUGGCAAUCCAGCAUUCUGUAUUUGGCCAUGGAAAUAUAUACAGAAGAAACAUGGACAGGGAAUAAUACAAUACUAUAUAUUACAGAUGAGCAAAUUGACAGUCGUGACAAAUAUGUGAAAAUUUCAAAUACAAUUUUGUGUGUCAGCAAGCAAUUAAACAACAUCUAGACUAUUUAAGGUCUCAACUCUAAGAUUAAGCGCUCCAAUCAAAACAAUUUCAAAUGUUCUUGAGUUUAAGACCAUAAGUACAAGACAUCAUAGAUAUGUGUUUACUUAUUGUAGGUCAUGAUUAUAUUUUAUACGUAAAUAUAUUUUACAACAUUAAAUUAAAUUAAAUUAAACGUUAAAUAAAGAUUCACAGACAUUCUGAUUACAUAGUUUACACGUGUGUUCUAUUCUAGAAAAUGGGAACUAAAUCAAAGUUGGCUCAUUUGGAUUCUAGUCAUUUCAAUGAUAUACAAUCCAGGCAUUAUUAUUCGAAGCUUUGUUAGAAUUUAAAGUAGAGUUCAAUUUUGGUCUGUGAAGCUAAAGGAUCGCUAUACUCUUGAACAAAUUAUUUUGUGUUUACCAUGUAACAAUGUCACACGUGAAAUCAGUUGUAUAAAGCGUAUACCACUAGCCAAGAUUGUCGAACGUUAACUUCAAAGCGUGAAACCAUAGAUUAAUUUUCGUACAAUUAAAUUUUGUUAAAAUAUAUAUCUGUUCCAUAAAAACUUCGUAUAAUAAAGAAUUUUGGUUAUUUACAACUUUCAUCCAAUAACACAAAACUCUUAUUUAACAUAAAACGACAAGAGGGAAUUUACCCAAUUCACCGAGAACAGCACAUUUUGAAGUAGAUUGUUUUACACAAAGCAUAUUUUUGCAAAAUUUGUUAUGUCAUUUAUGAAUAUCAGAGUUUUCAUAAAUUCAGACUCAUAUCAGACUUAAGAACCAUACAGUAUGAACGGUGAUACUAAUGAAUCGAAUAUAGCUUGUUUGGAUUUGACAUCUAAUUUUACACGGCAAAAAAUAGAUACAAGAUGAUGAUAUGCUCUAAGAGCCUGUUUAUUUUGUAUUAUUACAGUAUUAGACAUACAUGUAUUUUCUGCGUAGAUGAAUUGAAUACCAUGGUAUACAAACCUGUCAAAAUUUCAAGGCGCUCUUUAUUUAGAAGACGAAUACAAUUGUAUAUAUUUAUUCCGCUAUUACACUAACUUGAGAAAACAUAUAUUUACCGUACAUUUUACAUGAACCCAUCUAUAUAUAUUCCACAAAUUACUAUUUUAGUGUGGCUAAUACACAAAGUAUAAUGUAUGAAAAUAUAUCAAUUAAGCGUGAGGAGAAAUACAAUCCUAAAUAGUUUUGUGUAAAACAUGUCAAUACCGCUUAGAUAGAAUAUACGUGCUCUUGCAAUUGAUUUGUCUGUUUGUCUGCCAGUAUGGUUGUAUGCCUUUAUGUCUGUAUGUCUGUACGACUGUAUGUCUGUAUAUCUGUAUGUCUGUCGGUGUAAAUAUUGCAUGUUAAUACCGCAUAGGUGAACCCUUUUUAGCGGAGGCUGCUAAUCGGCAUAUACCUUUUAAAUGCGUUCAUUUUGACUUUUCGCAAUAUUUCAAGUUGCAAACAUGAACACUUUUAAUUAUAUCUAGCUUAAUGUUCAUGCCUCUAUAAAUUAUGCUAUGUUUAUGUUUAAAUUAGCUUCACAAUGAUGUAAUUUGAUGUUAAAUAGCAAGUGUGUUUAUAUCUAGUAUACUAUCAACACAUUUUAGCAGACAAUGAUACACUAUGGUCUAAUAGUACAU